AUUCCGCUCAGAGUGGAUUCGUCUUUUGGCCCAUUCGGAUGUGGCGCGCGUUGUCCACUGACAGUUUUAUUAUUAUUAUUAUUGUUGUUAUUAUUAUUAUUAUUAUUUGGGGCCCAAAGCUAACUCUUGCCCUUUUGAGCUGCGCGUAAUUUCGAUUUCGGUUUGGUUUCGAAUCCAUAUCCAUUCGGCAUCUCGGCGUUCGCGUUGUUUCGAGUGCAUCCACAUCCACAUCCACAUCCAUAGCGAUUGUUGUGUUGUGUUCCAGUUGCCGUUUUUGUGGGAGAUGGCCGAAACGAUCAGUACGGCGGCCAGCGGCAUGGAGUUGGCCCUAAAGGAUCCCAGUCCGACGGUGGGUGGCGGCAUCAUUGUGGAUAUGACGCCUACCACGGCGGCCCUGCUACACCACAACGCUAUGACACUGCGCAGCCUUAAGGAAGCCGCCUCAUCCGCCUCCGAAUCGGAACUACAGGAACCGCGAUCGCCGACGCCCACGCCCACGAAUCUCAGCACUGGCCCCCACUCGCCGCCGAUGACCUUCCGUUGCGAACGCUGCGAUAGUUUCGAGACCAGCUCGCGAGCAUCCCUGCUGCUUCAUGUGGUCCAGUGCCUGGCUGGACAGGCGGCGGCAGCGGCAGCAGCAGCAGCGGCCUCGGCACGUCUCAAGAGUGAGGAUCUGCAGGAGCCGGAGAACAUGAGCCUGGGUCACAUGGAGGGCGGCAAGGGUGAUGGUCAGACGGGUAACAAUUCCAGCUCCUCGGCCAGCUCCUCGCCGGCGGGUAAUAGCGGAGGAGGAGGUGGUGGCAACAGCAGUUCCCGCAAGGUCUUUGAGUGCGAUGUGUGCAACAUGAAAUUCUCCAAUGGCGCCAAUAUGCGGCGCCACAAGAUGCGACACACUGGUGUCAAGCCCUACGAGUGCCGGGUGUGCCAGAAGAGAUUUUUCCGCAAGGAUCACCUGGCGGAGCACUUCACCACGCACACCAAAACGCUGCCCUAUCACUGUCCGAUCUGCAAUCGCGGCUUCCAGCGCCAGAUAGCCAUGCGUGCCCACUUCCAGAACGAGCAUGUAGGCCAGCAUGACCUGGUGAAGACGUGUCCGCUUUGCAGUUACCGAGCGGGUUCCAUGAAAUCGCUGAGGAUUCACUUCUUCAAUCGGCACGGCAUCGAUCUGGAUAAUCCCGGACCCGGUGGUACUUCCUCCUUGCUCCUGGCUUUGGAAUCACAGGCUUCGGCGGCGGCAGCAGCAGCGGCAGCUAGUUACGUGCCACCUGGACUCAGUCCGGUGCCAGUGCAAUCUCAACCCCAGCAGCAACAGGUGGCUCCUCCGGCUAGCGAUAGUGGGGAGUCUAUGCGAUCACUGGAGAAUGCCACGCCGCCGAUGCACUUUCUCACACCCCACGUGGAGAUCUCGACGCUGGGCGAGAGCGGCAAUACGGAGUUAUUUAAUCUGAUUUGCGUUUGGCGUGAAUCUGCAUUACAGGGCAAUAAUAACAACAACAACAACAAUAACUGCGCUACCAACAACAAUAACAACAAUAGCGGGAGCAACAACAACUGUAACUCCAUUAGCAAUGGAAAUGCCGAGUCCAAUGGCGAUAAGGUGAAAGAUCGAGCCCUCAUCAUGCAAUCACCGGUAGAGUUGCCCAUGGAUUGCAACACAAAGGCCACGCCCAUUACAUCCAGUACCACAGGCAGCAGUUUGAGUGGCGGUCUCAAGAGCCACCACCAGCAUCCGCAUCACCACCACCAUCAUCAUCACCAUGAGAACCAUAUAACGCCUUCGAUCAGUCUAAUACCCAUCAAACAGGAGCCCAUGUUAGAGGAUGUGGACAAGAAGGACCUGAUGAACGGCAGUGAUCCUAACAGCGAUACAGAACAGGCUUCCAACAAUAAUAACAAUAACAGCAGCAACAACAACAACAACAGAAUCACCUCACUGAUUAAGGUCUCGCCACUAAAAUCGCUCCUGCGCGAGGAUCUCAAGCGUAGGAUCUGCGCGAAGGCCAACAACCGGAUCACCCGAAAUGCCACACCGCUGGAGAGCAACAAUAACAAUUCAGUGCUGUCCAACAGCCUGAGCAACGGAUCCGGUCGAGGAUCACCCGGUGUAAAUGGUGUUAGCGGUGGCGGAGGAGGAGGAGGACCACCUGCACCCGCGACGCCCAAUGCCUCCAAUGGCGCCAGCUCGACGCCCAUCUGCAAUGGGACGAUCACGUCGACCGGCCAGGAUGGAGACCUGCUGCUCAACCGCAAGCUGAUCCUCACCUGCCACUUCUGCGGGAUUGAGUUCCCCGACGAGACGCUGUACUUCCUGCACAAGGGCUGCCACUGCGAGAGCAAUCCGUGGCGUUGCAACAUAUGUGGCGAGCAGCUGAACAACGUAUACGAGUUCAACUCGCAUCUGCUCAGCAAGAGCCACCAAUAGCAGCCACAGUUGGCCGGCAAGUAGGGGGAUGCAGGUGGGAGCUUGCCGGCUCGGGAUCUGGAUGGUCCCAGGAAACGGAAACGGAAUCGGAAUCGGAAUCGUAAUCGAAACAGAUUCAGAAUAUUUACUUAGCUCAAUUUUGAGAGAUUUUCCACAACCAGGCACACAGUUAAGCUCAGAGCAAAUUAUACACUUACCAUCUAGUUCUACGUUUACACUUACGUCUACGUUACAUAUAUAGUUAGUUAGAGAUAACUCAUCAUAUUUUUAUGAUCUGCAUGCAGAGAGUAUGAAAAUCAAAUGAGAGCUACGUAGUUACCUAAUCCCUUAAAGAGUCGAAAGGUCGAAAAGUCGAACGUCGAACAGUCGAGAUUGCAGAAUCAAAAAAGCGGAAAGAACGGAAUAAGAUGGAAUAUAUAUAUAUAUAUAAACCUGCCCGGAAACCAACCCUGUUAUGUAGUCUUAUUGUGCAUUAGGUUUUGUAGUUUAGUCCUUAAGUACUUGGCAAUAAUUUCCAGCCGGUUCAACUGGCCAGCUAACACCUGCGUCAACGCGGGUCCGCUUAAGUCGGUUUUAGUGCAUUAUAUAGCUAAGGCUCGCCUCAAAGGUGGCAGUUUAUGGUUUUAAACAUCCACACUUCACACACAUAGAUACAUCUGAUAUAUAUAUAUAUAUAUAUAUGAUAUAUAUGCCUAUAAAGUUGCAGCGAAGGGCUUUAAAUUUGUUAUGUUUUCAGAGUUUAAUACGAACAGCAGCAGCAGCAAGUUUAAUUACGCGGUUAUAAACGAGAAGCUAUAUCUACAUAUAUAUUUACAUAUAAACAACAGGAUAUAUACGUACAUAGCCGGGUUAUAUACACCACUCUCACACACUGGUACAGAUCCAGACAACACACACAUACACACACAGAUACAGAUACAGAUACAGAUACCAAUACCAAUAACAAUACUGAUACAAAAAACAGAUAUAGAUUCGGAUUCAAAUUCAGAUAACGAUUCUUUUAGCUUAGCAGAGGGUUAACGAAUUAUGAAUUCAAUUAUUAUACUCGUACCUUUUACAUAGCUCCUAGUUUGAAUAACUAAUCUAACACAAUAACAGCAACAGCAAAUGAAACAGCUAAAACAACAAAAACAACAACAACGAUCGAGGGUUUCUUCGAUUGUGGAUAAACAUUUCGAAUAUUCGCACAGUGCUGCUCGUAAGUUUGCAUACAACUGGAGCGUAGGAACAUUUUUUAAAACAAGCAAGACAAGAAGAAAAGAAACAAAAAUAUGCAAAAAUUACAAUUGUGAUACGAAAUUGUUGUAAAUAAUUGGUAAAUCGAAAUAUGAGUAACAUGAACUUUAUCGUUUAGACAAAAACUAUGCCUUAGAUGCCUAUGAUAGCAUUACAUACAUAUACUGAUAUACUGAUAUCUACAUCUACGAUACGAGCGAUCACUGUACAAAAACAACCAACUGGACAUGAAACUGUUGAUUAGUAUAGUUAACUUUAGUGUAAAUCAAAAUUUGAACGAAUCCCCUAACCUGUUCCUAUUCCCUCCUAAUCCCCAAACCUCCUAUCCUAAUCCCUUUGCUGACGUCACGGGUUGUAUGCAGCCAGCAAGGCGCCACUGUGCGCUAAAUUUUACUUCAAAUUAACAUCCGUCCAUGAUGUUCACAAAUUCUAGCGAAAAUAACACACACUUAUCCAUAAUGCUUAUGUAUGUAUGUAAAAGAGAAGGAAAGAAACAAAAAGGAGGAUUCGAAGUUAAUCACAUUGUUUAGUUCCCAUCUUCUUCUGUUAUUUGAUCUGUACUUUUAGCUAGCAUUAAUACUUAGUCGAAGGUUUUUGUUAAUUAUAUUUGUUGUUCAUCCAUUAGCACAUUAGAAGACACACCCCCGCAGCACUUGCACAUUAUGUACAUUACGUUCUUCCCCCAACUUCUUCUUAUACAUAAUAGCAAUAUAUAUAUAUAUAGUAUAUAUGGUAAUCAAUCACCCAAUUUAUUUUGCUCUUCUCUAGCCAAUUCACAUGUGUAAAAAUGGUUUGUUGUGUUCAGUUAAUAUUUACUACUUACUUACACUUAGGGCGUCAUUUUGUUUUUGUUUUUAACUUUGUUGAUAAACUCUUAUCAAGUUGUUACACAAAUCAAUCAUCCAUUUUGAAAUCAAAAGGCGUAUAACGUUGAAUGUAACAAUUGAGCAAUUUUUAGCGAUCUUUCAUGUUCAAUUUUAAUAGAAUUAAAUCGAUAACAGAACAGAAAUAAAUCAAUUUCAAACACCAAAUGGAUUAAGAACAGAAACAAAACAUUUACUUAAUUAGUGAUUAUAAUUCUAGCUACAAACAAAAAAGGCAUGUUAAUUUUUUAGAAAUAAAAAUGGUUUAAAACAAACAAA